GAAGCGCUCAAGUCCGACACCCGGGUGACCGGGUUGGUACCUGCAAGCUCAAAGGAGUGCCUGCCCCCGCUGUCAUGGCCUGGACCAAGUACCAGUUGUUCCUGGCCGGGCUCAUGCUGGUCACUGGCUCCAUCAACACGCUCUCAGCAAAGUGGGCGGACAACUUCGUAGCUGAGGGCUGUGGAGGGAGCAAGGAACACAGCUUCCAGCAUCCUUUCCUCCAGGCAGUGGGCAUGUUCCUUGGAGAGUUCUCCUGCCUGGCUGCCUUCUACCUCCUCCGGUGCAGAGCUGCAGGGCAGGCAGACUCCAGUGUGGACCCCCAGCAGCCGUUCAACCCCCUUCUUUUCCUACCCCCAGCCCUCUGUGACAUGACAGGAACCAGCCUCAUGUAUGUGGCUCUGAACAUGACCAGUGCCUCCAGCUUCCAGAUGCUGCGGGGUGCAGUGAUCAUAUUCACAGGCCUGUUCUCAGUGGCCUUCCUGGGCCGGAGGCUGGUGCUGAGCCAGUGGCUGGGCAUCUUGGCCACCAUCGCGGGGCUGGUGGUUGUGGGCCUGGCCGACCUCCUGAGCAAGCAUGACGAUCAGCACAAGCUCAGUGAAGUGAUCACAGGGGACCUGUUGAUCAUCAUGGCCCAGAUCGUCGUCUCUGUCCAGAUGGUGCUAGAGGAGAAGUUUGUCUACAAACACAAUGUCCACCCGCUACGGGCAGUGGGCACUGAGGGCCUCUUUGGCUUUGUGAUCCUCUCCCUGCUGCUGGUGCCCAUGUACUUCAUCCCUGCCGGCUCCUUCAGUGGAAACCCUCGGGGGACACUGGAAGACGCCCUGGACGCCUUCUGCCAGGUGGGCCGGCAACCGCUCAUCGCCCUGGCGCUCCUGGGCAACAUCACCAGCAUCGCCUUCUUCAACUUUGCCGGCAUCAGCGUCACCAAGGAGCUGAGCGCCACCACCCGCAUGGUGCUGGACAGCUUGCGUACCGUCGUCAUCUGGGCACUGAGCCUAGCAUUGGGCUGGGAGGCCUUCCACGCGCUGCAGAUCCUUGGCUUCCUCAUCCUGCUGAUGGGCACCGCCCUCUACAAUGGGCUGCACCGCCCACUGCUGGCCCGCCUGUCCCGGGGCCGGCCCCUGGCGGAGGAGGGCGAGCAGGAGGGACUGCUGGGUGGCACCCGGACCCCUAUCAACGAUACCAGCUGAACCUCCCUUGAGGCUCUUGCUGCGACCAGGGUGCUCCUUCACCCUGAGACUCAGACCACACAGGCUGGUGGGCCUCGAGCACCCUGCCCCCACAGACCCCCAGGGCAGCUCCUGCCGCAGAAGAGGACACGAUACCCAAGUCCUCUUUUCUAGAAACUCUACGCGGAAUGGAGUUGCCCAGCCCCCACAGGCCUCUGAGCCCCUCCUUCAGCACUAACACUAAAUCGGGAAGUUGAAUUUCAGGAACUUAUAACUCUAGUAUUUCUGGAUCAUAAACUAUGUUAUCAUAACAGACUACCUAGUUUUUGAUAAGGUACCUAGUUUGAUACCUAGUUUUGAUAACCAAAUAAGCUAGAUUUGGUUCUUAGAAGAAAGUCAGUGAACAAGUUUAAACCGGGACUAAAUACUGUAUUUUCUAAAACUGGUAAGAUAUUCCCUAACACUGUCUGGAAUCGUGGGUUUCAGCCCAGACUCUCAGGCAAACUCAGAGUCUGCCCCCCAGCAUGUCACCUAGUUGGCCUGUGCCUUGAUGUUACCCCUCUGGAAAGUGUUGGCGCUGUGGCCUUUGGUCCCUCUGGCUCCAACAUCCCAUGGCCUAUAAUCAUGACCAGCCUAAGGAAAGAGGAGCAACCCAUUCACCAGAGUCCCUCCACCAUGGCACCUCCCCUCUGGUGCCUGUUUGGUGUCUUUGCUCACAUCCCCCCCUUGCACCCCAGCAGGCCUCCCAGCCCUGGAUUAAUAACUAAGAGAGUUCCAGCCCUUGGUAAUUGUUUUGUAAACUGUUUACCUUAAUUUUUAAAGAUAAAGAAACUGAGGCCCUAACAUGUAAGUUGUUUGGCAAAAGGGGUCUCUUGGUCAGUUCUGACCCAGGACUUUGGGGAGGCCCAAGCAUUGCAGCCACAUGAUGCUGCAGCAGACUGGGACCCAGAGCACAUCUGGGGCUCAAUCCCACCCCCAGCAUCCUGCCUGCAUGGGGAAGCCUGGGGAUGUUGGACUCAGCAGGAUUUAACUGUUUGGAGUAAUGCCAGUACCAUAGGUCUUGUGUCCAGUGCUCAACUUAACAAACUCUCCUAACAGCCUUCAGUGGGUGCAUAUGAAGAAACUGCAGCUCAGAGAAGGUGAAGAGACUUCCUCCUGGAGCCAGUUCCAACCUAGAUUUGCUCCAGACCUCUGACCCACCUGCCAUAUGGGCCUCUGUAGGGUCUUCAGGAUGGGUUUUCUAAUCCAAGUCCAGGAGCCUCAGGUACUAUUGUCCUCCCAGUAACCCUACCCAGAGGAGAAGGGAGGGUAGGACCCCAGGGAGCUGGGUAGCUCUCAGUUGCAAGGGUUGGUGUGCAGCCUCAAGCCAUUUUCCCUGGGCAGCUCAGUCAUAAAGCACCUAAUGCCUUCCUUAAAAUAGCCUUUGAGCAAGGGAGCUUUUGACAAGCAAAGCCAUCAUGUGGGAUUUCAGCAGGUAUUUAAUAUGUUUUUUUUUUUUGGUAGAGGGUGGCAGUCCAUUCCACCAGCUCUGAGAUCCAGGGGUCCCUGAGCUUCUCUGGGCUUCUUCUCUGGGUGUCUGUCACAGGAAGAAAGAAACACAGUGAGGGUGGUGCAGACUACAGCUGCUUUGUUUUGGACUUUCAUUUUUAAUAAAAGAAAGGGAAAAUUGGCA